AUGCGAUUACACUUGUUUGACUUGUAAAAUGAUAUCGAGUAGAUGUGACUCUUUUUAGGUAAAUUCAUAUAGAACUUACAAUUUAUUAAGUUGAUGGAUUUUCUACAAAUUUAUAAAAAUGCUAUAAAAAAAGUUUAAAUUAUAUUAAUUCAUCAUUUUAUUGCAAAUCUUGUGAGUAAAAACGAUACUUAGACCAAAAUCCAUGUCUAUGCAAUUCUUGUUAUUUUGAUGAUGGCUCAAGUAAUUGUAGUAAAUGUGAUUCAAACUGUUACAAGUUCAAUUACAAUUCAACAUAAUGUACAGAAUGCGAUCCAAAUAGUUUAAAAAUUUUGAACACUCAUACUAAUACUUGUUAAUGUUAACCAGGAACAACUUAAAUAAAUAAAUCGAUUACUUGUUCUAAUGUUGUUACAAAUUGCACAUUUUGUAGUCUAAUUAAAUUACUCAUUGAUUCAUAAUAUAAAUGUAUCGAUGGAACUUAUUUGUGA